GCCCACCUAAGCCAGUAGGGCCCUUCCGGUUCUCGGUAUCCCGCCACCAGUGGGUAAUCCGGGACCAGCAGAAUGCUUACGACCACCAAGCUCGCCGCAAGGCAUAUGAUGAUGGUUUCAUGUGGGACAUGAACACCAAAGAGUGGGUCUCGGAGCAUUCCGUUAAAUUUCACCGCUACGCACACACAGGGGAAUCGCAUGCGUUCAACGAGCACCUAGAUCCCUCACCCGUGUUAAAAGAGGUGACGGACCAGACGCUGGAGUAUCGCCUAGCAGAGUGUGCAGCAGCAGACUGCACAUCUGUCCAUGCAUUCCUUUACCCGUUGGUUUCCGACACCUAUUACGGCCCGAAACUGUUCGCAGUGCUGCAGCGCAAUCCGGACCUAAUAUUCAACAUGGUUAAGGACAUUCAUGCACGCCAGCUAAGUUUCUUUGACGAGGCCUUAUUGUAG